AUGGCUCAUGUACAGAAUACCCAUCCUACACAGAGAAAGCGCAACUCACGAGCUGAUGUCAAACCCGAAAGUCCCUUGUCCUCCGACAACAAGAUUAGCAAAAUUAAUACACACAAGAAUCAGCAUUGGCACACCGCAAUCUCCACAGCAUUGCCUACAUGGACAGGCUUGAUUUUAAUAUCUUCUUUAAUAUUUGGUGGUUGCUGUACAAAUGUGUUUGCACUUGAGGCUAUCAUUAAGGAUCAGCCAAGCUCUGGUCCCCUGAUAACAUUCGCCCAAUUUCUUCUAACUUCCUUCAUCACCUUUCCAAGCUUUGUCUCUUUGUCCGCAGGUCCUCAAUUGCUAUUUCUCCGCCCGCGUGCGAUUCCCUUAAGAUUAUGGCUCGGCUACACGGCGUUCUUUGUUGCCGUCAAUCUUCUAAAUAACUGGGCUUUCGCAUACAAGAUUUCUGUACCAUUGCAUAUAAUACUUAGAUCAGGAGGCCCAGUAGCUUCCAUGGGCAUUGGUUAUUUGUUCAAUGGGAAGAAAUACUCACGUGGUCAGGUAUCUGCAGUGUUGAUGCUUACACUGGGGGUUGUCACUGCUGCUUUGGCAGAUGCUAGGGCCAAGGGUCAGUCGAUGAAUGUCGAAAGCGAACUUACAGUGACUACUCUAGCUGGGUUUAUCAUCCUUGCCCUGGCAAUGAUUCUCUCGGCCUUCCAGGGCAUCUAUGCGGACCAACUCUAUGAAAAGUAUGGCAGGGAUCACUGGAAAGAAGCCCUGUUUUAUUCUCACACUCUAUCAAUACCCCUUUUUUUGCCAACUCACAAGCAACUUGCGAAUCAAUGGCAGACAUUAUCCUCAAAGGAUUCCCUACCUGCCCGAUUGGAAUCUUUCUCUCCAGAUGGUGUUUGCCUUCCAAGGCAUACAUCUCUAAUCACUGAACGCCCAACCAUUGGAACCCUGGCUGGGAUACUGCUAAAUUUCAGGGAUAUCUUCUGGCCACAGUUCAUGGUUACUCACAUUCCCGUCAAGGUGGUUUAUCUUCUAAUCAAUGCCUUCACACAGUAUCUGUGCAUUCGUGGGGUUCACCUCCUUUCUGCGAAGUCGUCUUCACUGACUGUUACUGUUGUCCUGAAUAUCAGGAAGCUGGUUUCUCUCCUUUUGUCCAUCUAUUUGUUUGGGAAUUCCCUUUCAUUAGGUGUCCUCACCGGUGCACUAUUUGUAUCCAUAGGUGGUGCUUUGUACGGCUUCGAAGGCACACGGUCAAAGAGAAGGACUGGCUAAUCUCUCCUCUCUGUCACCCCAUGUUAAAAAGCAUAUCUAUCUUUUCUUCCCUUCAACAGCCAGGAUUAUGUCCUGGUUGGAAGAUAAUAAGUGUACUUCUUGCUUUUUCUAUGGUCCUUUCUUCAUACCGAGACUUCCCCUCAAUGCCUAAUCCGGCCGCCUGCUCUUGCCAUGCUGCACCUUAUGCAGCACCUUGCAUUCCUUUUCUACGUAUGGUUCUAGACGC